GCAUGGUCCAUUAUGGAGACGUCGCCCUGUUGACGCGGACCGCUAGCACGGGGUAGUUAGUUGACCUUACGUUUAGAUUUCGUUGUCCUUUUUCCUCCCACGCCCCCCCUACUCGACCAAUCGGUCCACCAACUCAGCAGUCGCAAUUCAUCGGAGACGCUUUCUGGCGCUCAUCGAAUCACCACAAGGCCCGUCCCUCCCUCAUAUCGUGAACCGUUAGCGACCCUCAGGAGUCGCCUCCCGCUAGUCACAAUGGGUGGCCAAGUGUCCAAGAUAAUGGGGAAGAUAUUCGGCACGAAGGAGAUGCGGAUUCUGAUGCUGGGUUUGGAUGCUGCUGGAAAGACCACAAUUCUCUACAAAUUGAAGCUCACAAAUCAGGACGUCACCACCAUCCCUACCGUCGGAUUUAACGUCGAGAGUGUCACCUAUAAGAACGUCAAGUUCAAUGUUUGGGACGUCGGUGGCCAGGACAAAAUAAGACCCCUAUGGAGACACUAUUAUUCUGGUACCCAAGGCUUGAUCUUCGUCGUGGAUUCCAGCGACACAGCUCGCCUGGAAGAGGCUCGCUCUGAGCUUCACAAGAUUAUCAACGAUCGCGAAAUGAAAGAUGCUCUGUUGCUGGUGUUUGCAAACAAGCAGGAUGUUCAAGGCCACAUGAGUCCCGAGGAGGUUACCCAAGCGCUGCAACUCACCAAGUUGAAGGAUAAGCUGUGGUACGUUGCUCCAAGUGUCGCAACGGAGGGUACUGGUAUCUUUGAGGGCCUGGCGUGGCUCUCCAACAACGUCAAGACGCAACCCCAGAAAUAAAACAACCGCCGGACGACUUUCGAGCCGCAAAUUGAAGGCCCUCGGCACGGCCACUCGUGUACAACAGUUUCCUUUGUACCCACUGAACCAUCAGACACCUCUCGUUUCACGUUCGAUUUGAUGACAGA